AUGGACCCGCCAUCCUCGGUGGCAGACCUGGGGGACAAGAUUGCAGACGGCUUGCGAGAUAUCACGUCCCGUGAGUGGCUGGGGGCCUACAAAAAGGUUCGCAAGCAGGAGCAGGAGUACCUGCACUCAGCAUCACCUCCAGCAGUUACACCAGCGCCAACGAUUCAAGAGCUACAAGACCUUUCAGACAACAACGACAGCAGCUUGACCAGCGUGACGAACAGAGCGAUGAACAGCAGCACGGCAGACGUGAUUGAAGAGUACGAAAUCUCCCUUUAG